ACAUUGGUGAAACUCACAACCCUCCUUUAUGAACAUUCUGUUUAUUAUGAAGUUCUUUGUUGUUAGGUGAUUUGACUGGUUUGUUGAAUUUAAUUUGUUUAAUCCAAAAUAAUGUCAACUUGAAUCUAAUGUGUUCUGCGGUGGAAAGUUCAGGAAGAGUUAAGCUCUAUGUUUCCAGCAAAUAGCCAAUAAUGAGGUGAAUAUUUGAAUAUUUUAGAUAGAUUAUGUUCAUAAAAUAAAUAUGUGCUGAGAUAGUCCAUGGAAUUAAUUUACUAAUUAAUGAAUGAAUUAGGAUCAGCAACCUUAGGGCAGACAUGGGUGGUUGUUCCUGUAAAGGCUGUUCUGUUCUGUCGCUCCUUUCAGUGUACAUACUAGCUGGUCAAUUAGUGUAUAGUGUAAGAAUAUAGUGCAUAGGGUACGAUUUCAGACAGAGUCCCCGUGUAUGUCCUGGGUCAAUCAUAGGACAAUAGGAAUGCUUUGUAUGCUAAGUUUUUUUCAGCCUAGGACCUGAUUUGACCUGACAAAGACCUGAUUUGUUAUCUUCGAACAAGACUGAUAAGGCAACCAGGUAAACAACAGGCGGUAUUAUCUUGCUGUUGCUUUACACCUGCAUUUUAUGUCUACAUGUGAGUGACUUUAUGAUCUGUGGUUUAAUCAUAUUUCCUAUACAUUCUACCCCAAGUGGAGUGCACUAGAUGUUAAGUAGGUCAUAUCACGUGGCUUUGCUUUGAGGUCAUUGUCUAGAUCCGUGGUUCUCAAAGUGGGGUCCGGGAACAGAGGGGUCUGUGAAGUGUACCCAGGGGGUCCAUGAAUUUUAUUUACAGCAGUGGAAAUCAUAACCUCCCUUUAUCACCAUUACCUACCAUUAUAAGCUAUAUUAGGUUCUUAUAGCUGACCUGGACCUAAUGUGUUCUGUUGAUGGAAAGUUCACUAAUAUAAAGCUCUAUGACUCUUAUAAAUAGACAAAAUAGUAUUGUACAUAUUUAAAUAAUUUUCUUUAAAUAACCUAAGUGAAUAUGUUUGCAUUGUAUUAUACUAUUAUAUAUCUUUAUCUGUUGUUUCACCCUUUUUAUCUGACCUUUGCCACAAAUAAAUUAAAAAUUACCCCUAGAGUCUAAAACCGCAGAAACCUUACACAGCUACGUAAAGGUAGAGUUGGGCUAGAAAUGAAAUUUAGACCAUAUCCCAGUUCAGCCAAGGCAUCUUUGGUGCCCAGAAUUGGCUACGUCUGUUACAUGCUGAAGGCCAAUGUAGCUAACAAGUAAUAGCUGAAACCUACAACCUCCAGUUUAGCAUCAUACAAACUGCUGCUUUAAGAAACCUAAAAGCUGUUCUCACCUGAACAGCUCAAAUAAAAGGUGGGAGGUGCGACAUGGUCUAACACUGCACCUGUUAGAUUUUAGAGGGGAAAAAAAACCUCUGAAUGAGUGUAGAUUACAUUUGAACAGCUGUGUCCCAGCCAAUCAGUCUUCUCAGAGGCAGGACGAUUCAGCGUCACAUCUAUAGAAAAGCAAGUGGGACUCAGAGGGGUUCAGUGUAGUGGCCAAGCGCUGCUGAAAAGGGCACGGGACCAAAAAGUGCAGUCGUGAGGAUGCUGAGAGGUGAUUCACGGUCGGAACGGAUACUCUAACAUUUACCCUAAAAAAUGGAAGAGCCACAAAAAGCAGAAAAAGGCCUCCCUUCACUCUGCGUUGGUUGUGGGCUUCAGAUCCGCGACCGCUUCGUGUUGAGGGUGUUUCCUGACCUGCGUUGGCACAUAGCGUGUCUGAAGUGUGUGGAGUGUCAGCAAAACCUAGACGAGUCUCACACCUGCUUCAUUAAAGACGGAAAGACCCUGUGUAAAGAUGAUUAUAUCAGAUUAUACACCACCAAAUGUGCAAAAUGUCUAAAGUCAAUCAGCAGCCGUGAUUACGUCAUGCGUGCAGGAGAUAACGUCUAUCACGUGCAGUGCUUCCGGUGUGAGCACUGCGAUCGGCAGCUGCUGCCCGGAGAUGAGUUUACCAUCCAAGACGGCUUCCUGCACUGCACUGGUCGUGAAAACACCAAUCACAGACUAAUAACACUUACACAUGACUCAGCACAUCUGACUGACCUGGACAGGUGUGAUGAAGGAGCAGACACUUCCCAGUCGGGUGGAGAAGGUGAUUCUGGCUGGCCGGUUGUGCCCAUCAAGCCUGAGAAGACUGCACGUGUGAGGACAGCACUCAGCCCGUCUCAGCUCCAUGUGCUGCGCACAUGCUACAACGCUAACCCGCGACCGGACGCUACAGUGAAGGAACAGCUGAUGGAGCUGACGGGCUUGAGCUCGCGUGUCAUCCGCAUCUGGUUCCAGAACAAACGAUGCAAAGACAAGAAAAAGAGCAUGCUGGAGAGACAAAUGCAGCACAAGAGCGGAGAACAGACCGAUAUGACAGAUGAGCCGUUGUUGGCUGUCACUCCUGAGAACCUGGACUUAGACACACUGAUGCCCCCACUGGACCUGCAGAGUCUCCAGCCAUCUUGGAAGCUCCUGACGAGUCUCUUGUUUUCAGACAGUGAUCAGGAAACGGUGACUCUCAACCAGCUAGAUUAGCCCUAAUGUUCACCGCUAAGUAGUGAACACUACAGGAGAGUUAAGUGCAUAAGAAGGAUGGAAAGGUGUACUAGUGUUUUUUUGUGAUUUUCAUGAGUUUAUAUCAGACAGUAAUAUGAGCAUUUAUUCUACAGAAACUGAUAUUGUGUUAAAAUCCAUCGAGCCACAAAAUAUAAACUUAAAUGCCAUUCCAUCAGAGGAGGAGACAUGAACUUCAUUUUUCUUGGGUUGAUAAAGACUUGGAGUGUGACCACUGAUCCAGGCGACAGUUUUAAAAAUGAAGUGUUAUUCGUGAAAAGGGCAGCAUUUCUGUAACAAAGUCUCUCAAUUAAAUCAAGCUACUGUGUGACAAUGUUUAUUAAAUGUGCUACACAAAGUUAAAAUCGUAUCGUAAAUAAUGCUGUUAAAAUGUCUUAAGAAAUAUUGCCACUUAUGUACCAAUCAUUUAGUAAAGUUUUGUGUAAAUGUCUUAGUAGGCCAAACUGAACUUAAAAUGACAGUCAGAUUUGCUUCACAGUCAUGUGCAUACAGUAUGUUGAUAAAACUUAAUCAGCCAUAAAUUAUCUAGCGCGUUCACGGCACAGCUGAUUUACAUUUAGUGAUGCUCACAAACCUGCCUAAAAGACUGAAAGAGAGAGCGGAAAAUGACAACAGAAUGGUAAAAUUCACAACAUGUGCUAAAUAUUCCAGUGAUGCAGCUCAGUGGCCUUUCUACUUUUAUAGGGUGCUAUUACUUUUGUCCUAAUUAAAUGGCUAGUUUAUGUGUCUUAAUUUAAGGAAUUGUUUUGGAUUGCUUUCUUGGUAAACCGACUGAGUUUCACAGAAUUUUUUUUGUUAAGUUUGUGUGAAAUAAAUAAGUGAUUUAAAUCCAUAUAGAAAAUUGCAGUAAGUCACUUCUAAUUAAAUUCUAAUAUUUAUAUUAUAUAUAUAUAUAUAUAUAUAUAAGGUUCACAUUAGCGAAUUAGACUCUUUAUAUGUUUACACAAUUUACAUCAACUCAGGAGCUCUCGAAUAUGAAUGGAUAUGAACAUUUUUCCAAACGAACUGGAUUUUCCUGUACUGUAUAUCACAUUUCUUGCGUAAAUUGCUUUUGCAAACUAUUUACUUUUUUUUCUGAAAAGUGAGGCCCGAUUAUCCUCAAAGUACUCAAAAAUAUUUUUUCUACUUCUCAAAGAAAGCACCACAGUACAAGUACUCUCAAAAUUCUCUGUUACUUUUGUUUUGUUUUUUUUACAAAUUGAUGUUCAUGUAACAGGUCAUUAUUUUUCUUCAGCUUUUUAUUCAGUUUAUUUCUAUUAAUCCCCAAAAAUGUAAAAUCAUUUCUCUCUUAUUUCUCCCAACCUUUUGGUUCUAUCUGUAAUAAAAGUUAUUUAGUCUUUUAUAUACUCAAUAGUUAUGUUUAUUCUCUUCUGUCAUGAAAACAUUGUUAUUUAUUGUCAACUAAUAUUAUUUAUUUUAUUACUUUGUUAAUUAUUCAAUAGUUGGUUGUGUUCAUGGGAAGUUCAAACUCCACAUAAUGAUGACUGUAAUAAAUAUUUUCCAUGAUUCAUUAUGAAUAAUCCUCUCUAAUCACAUUCUAAUCUCUGCUAUAUUCGCUGAAAUUGCUUUACUUUACACCUCUACCUCACACAUUCAUCCUGUUUUUUUUUUCACACUGUCCUUCAGUUUCUCUGUACUGUUUGAUCGGCUCAGUCUAAACACAGAUAAAGCCGCACAGAUAUGGGACUUGUUGUGGACCUGCACUAAUCACACUUUGUAUAGAAAUGAUUUGUAUUUGCAGUGGAUUUGUUUGAAGUAAAGGUGAAAGCAAAAACCCACUUUCCCACGCUGUGUUCUUGUGCAACCUACACGCCAUUUACAUUUAUUCAUAGCCGCUUACAAGCAAGGCAGAGCUGGAGGUGAAGGGCAUACUCAAGAGUACUGCUGAGAUUUAUAAGUUAUCAGUUGAUUUUUACUCUUAGAUAUGUGAAGUUUAAGUUACUAUAGAAACAAUAAAGUCAUAGUUAUAGUGAAGUGACUUGUGGCCAAGUAUGGUGGCCCAUACUCGGUUUUUCUGCUCUGCAUUUAACCCAUCCAAGUGCACACACACAGUAGUGAACACACACACACACCGUGAACACACACCCGGAGCAGUGAGCAGCCUUUUUUCGCUGCAGCGGCCAGGGAGCAGUUGGGGGUUCGGUGCCUUGCUCAAGGGUCUCACCUCAGUCGUGGUAUUGAGGGUGGGAGAGAGCGCUGGUCAUUCACUCCCCCCACCUACAAUCCCUGCCGGACCCGAGACUCGAACCCACAACCUUCAGGUUCACCUUCGGGUUGCAAGUCCGACUCUCUAUCCA